AUGGUUAUUAGAGUGAAGGGGACACAUAUGGCUUUGAAUGGCUUAAGAGAAGAUGCACAAUAUGAAAUUGAUCAUCUGAUUCAAGAGCAAACUCGUCAGAGAGAGGCAAAAGAGGCUGUUCAGGAGCGGAAGAAAAGGAGAUUUGAGGAUCUCUACAAUGCAUGGCUACCCAAGUUCUUAGAAUGGCAAGAACGGAAGGAUGAGGAAAAGGAUGAGAAGCAGGCCAAGACCCCAAAGUUUGGAAGUUCAACAGAAAGUGAUUCCGAGGCCUCAGAAGGGAAUGAGUAUGAAGUGGCGAAAGUGGAUACCAGUGACCUAGAUUCGGAUGCUGCGGAGGACAAGCAAAGGAUGAAUUCUUAUCAUGAUGAGAAGGAGAGAAGGCGAUUUGAAUACGAACUUGCCAAUCCCAAGAUUUUUUUUCGUACCAUGAGUGAGGGUGAACCUGUUGCAGUGAAGGUGAGUCGUCGAAUCGCUGAUCUCGAUGAUGAGUCAAGUGAGGAAGAAAGGGAAGAAGGAGAUGAGGAUAGUGAUGAGGAAUCAUCACCCAGUGGGACUUCUCCUGCACCAUCUGAUAGCGAGGACUAUGGUGAAGAGGGUCUGGAUACUGAUGAGGAUGAACGGUGUGAAAGUGAUGAGGAAGGUGGAGAAGCAGUAAAACUUGAUGAGGAUGAUAGCAGUAGUGAGGGAUAUAAUGAUCCAGAAAAAGAGGCUAGAGAGAGACAAAGGCAGGAUAGAGAUGAUGCAGAAAUGUAUCUACUCUAUUUGGCAGAGAAAGCUCAACCCAGGAUAUUUGCUCGUACCAUGUCUGAACCCCUGAACGUGGAUUCAGACGGUGAGGAGAUACCAGUGAUGGAUGUAGAUGGAAAUCCUGUUGCAGCAGAGGUUCAACAAGAAGAAAAUGAAGGAUCAUAA